AUGAGCAAUUUAAAGUAUCUCUCGGGUUUCGGUUCAGAGUUCUCCUCGGAGGACCCAAGGAGGCCAGGCUCCCUGCCCGAGGGGCAAAACAAUCCGCAACGUUGCCCGUACGGCUUGUACGCCGAACAGCUGUCCGGGACGGCCUUUACAGCGCCGAGACACGACAACAAGCGCUCCUGGCUGUACAGGAUUCGACCGUCCGUUAUCCACAAGCCAUUCAAACGGUUUAACGCUGCUAAAUAUCUCACCCACAAUUGGGAUGAGCAGGAGCCGGACCCGAAUCAGUCUCGAUGGCUGCCCUUCGACCUGCCAGCAUUGUCCGAGCGCGUAGACUUCGUAUCAGGGCUGCACACGGUAUGCGGCGCCGGAGACGCGCGUGCCCGUCAUGGGAUUGCCAUUCAUAUGUAUCUCUGCAACGCUUCCAUGGACAGGAGCGCCUUUUACAACAGCGACGGUGAUAUGCUGAUAGUGCCUCAACAAGGAAAUUUGAAAAUAACGACGGAGUUUGGCAAAAUGGAAGUAGCUCCCAACGAGAUAGCUGUCAUCCAACAGGGAAUGAGAUUCGCAGUAUACGUGGACGGACCAUCCAGAGGUUACAUCUUGGAAGUGUUCGACGGGCAUUUCAAGCUGCCCGACCUGGGACCGAUCGGUGCCAACGGGCUGGCCAACCCGCGUGACUUCCUCACGCCAGUCGCACACUACGAGGACUUAGAAGUUCCCGAUUUCAAGAUAAUCAGCAAGUACCAAGGCGCACUCUUCGAAGCUACGCAGGGACACUCCCCUUUCGACGUGGUAGCUUGGCACGGCAACUACGUCCCCUACAAGUACGACCUGAGCAAGUUCAUGGUCAUCAAUGCUGUCUCUUACGACCACUGCGACCCGUCUAUCUUCACGGUGCUGACAUGCCAGUCCACAAAGCCCGGCGUGGCGAUUGCCGACUUCGUAAUAUUCCCGCCGCGCUGGUCCGUGCAAGAGAAUACAUUCAGACCACCAUAUUACCACAGAAAUUGCAUGAGUGAGUUCAUGGGUCUGAUACUGGGUUCGUACGAGGCCAAGGAGGGUGGUUUCCUGCCGGGGGGCGCUUCGCUUCACUCCAUGAUGACGCCGCACGGGCCCGACGUCCAGUGCUUCCAGGGCGCUUCCAACGCCACCCUGAAGCCUGAGAAGAUCGCUGUUGGCACACAGGCAUUCAUGUUCGAGUCGUCCCUGAGCAUGGCCAUAACGAAAUGGGGCGCCGAAACCUGCCAGAAACUGGACGCCAAAUACUAUGAGUGCUGGCAGAACCUACCCAAGCUGUUCUCCGACAAGAUAAAUUUAUAA